AUGGUGACAUGGAAUAUCACCACUACCGUGGACGAAUUCAUCCUUCUAGGAUUCACCAACAAGCAGGACAUGCAGAUAUUAUUAUUUUUUGUUUUUCUUUUAUGUUACAUUAUUUCCCUAAUAGGUAACAUAGUGAUUAUCUGCAUAAGUAGCAUCAACCCUCGACUCCACACUCCAAUGUAUUUCUUUUUGAGAAAUCUCUCCUUCUUGGACAUCUGGUAUACAUCAAGCAUAAUUCCCGAAAUACUCAAGAACUUCUUAUCAGUAAAGAAAACCAUAUCUUUUGUUGCUUGUUUCACCCAAAUGUUCAUCCACCUUUCUCUAGGAGGAGCAGAGUGCUAUCUACUCUUGGCAAUGGCCUAUGAUCGGUAUGUGGCUAUAUGCAGCCCAUUACACUAUACUACUAUAAUGCAUCCCAUCUUGUGCAUUAAAAUGGCAAUCCUGUCUUGGGGUGGAGGCUUAACAAACUCCAUAUUCCAAACUGUUUUUACAUUACAGUUACCUUUCUGUGGUCCAAACGUUAUUAACCAUUUUAUCUGUGAGGAGCCCAUCUUGUUAGAGUUAGCCUGCAGAGAUACAUCACUUAAUAAGACACUCAUUUUCAUAUGUGCUCUAGUUGUAGCUGUGCUCCCUUUUUUCUUAAUUAUUGUUACAUACUUCUAUAUCAUUUCCAGCAUACUGAAGAUCAGCACAUCCAAGGGACGAAGAAAAGCUUUUUCCACUUGUGCCUCACAUGUUAUUGUGGUCACAUUAUUUUUUGGCACCAUUUUCUCAAUGUAUUUAAGACCUGGAUCUACCCAUGUUGCUAACCAAGACAAGAUGGCCACCUUGUUUUACAGUGUUAUCACACCAAUGUUAAAUCCUCUGAUCUACACUUUAAGAAAUAAGGAUGUAAAGAAAUCACUAAAAGAAAUUACAAGGAACAAGAGUAUGUUAGAUUUUGCAUAA